CUGAGGCGGAUGGUACCCAUUUACAGCAGGAACCUGCUGUCCAUUCUGGUAUUGGCGUUGCUGCUGUUGUUGUUGCUGUUGUUCAAGCCAACGCUGCCUCCUCAUGGAUACGAGUGUUGCUACCGCGUUGUUCGUAGUCGGGCUAUAAAUUUCCCUCUGUCUACCGGCCGCGCUCGGCCUGGAGUCGGUCUCGGUACCUUCACCUGCCCCGUCACUUGGCAUUCCAUUCUCGGCCACAAAUCGAAGGCGCUGUGGAACUCCGCGCUCAGGUGCUUCGAGCGCACGUCCAGAAUGCGACCCGCGCUCACGUUCACGCUGUGCAUGCGUGACGAAGGCUUCUUCGUAAGUCCUAGGCCCACUCACCUUGGCAUUGUUCAAAGUCGCAGGUGCAACUCUCUGUCUCCCGGCAACCGUCAAGCCCGAGCCCAAACGCGAGACCGGCUGCGAGACCGUACCUGAACCUGAUACCGGCCUCUGCGCUGUCAUGUUAACUUGGCCCGCCCGAAAAUCAGUUCUUGCAGGAGCCACAGCCGAUGUAGAAGUUGUAGCCUGCGCAGAUGCAGGACCUCGCUGCUUCGAUUUUCCCCCGCGCCCUCGCUUCGCUCCAGUUGCGGCUGGAGCAUGAGGAGCAGUGCUCGCACCAUAGCGGCAAGGAGCAACGCGCGGUCGAGAACUACGUC